GGCGGCAGGCGGUUGAGGGAGCGGCGGUGGCGGCGGCGGCUGACGUUGAGCUGUAGGUGACCCACAUGGACAAUUCGGGCGGCGGCGGCGGGUUCCGCAGCGGCUUCGGCCUGUUCGGCGGCGGCGGAGGAGCAGGGAGCGGCGGGGCUUCAAUGCCUGACUACUCGCAGGCUGACCUCUCCAGUGUCCCCUUGACGGGGAUGAGUCCUUUGUCUCCAUAUUUGAACGUUGAUCCCAGGUAUCUGAUUCAGGACACGGAGGAGUUUAUAUUACCAACUGGAGCCAAUAAGACUCGAGGCAGAUUUGAACUGGCAUUUUUCACCAUUGGUGGCUGUUGUAUGACUGGUGCUGGUAUCGGUGCAGUGAAUGGCUUGCGUCUGGGAUUGAAGGAGACCCAGGACAUGGCUUGGUCAAAACCUCGAAACGUUCAGAUUCUGAACAUGGUCACAAGGCAGGGCGCACUCUGGGCCAACACACUGGGUUCCCUGGCUCUCUUAUACAGUGCGUUUGGAGUGGUCAUCGAAAAGGUUCGAGGAGCAGAAGACGAUCUGAACACGAUGGCAGCAGGAACCAUGACUGGUCUACUCUACAAAUCAACAGCUGGACUACGUGGAGCAGCUCGGGGAGGAUUCAUCGGUCUUGCAUUAACUGGGCUUUACUCAGUCUACAACAACUGGGACCAUAUAAAGGGUGUGUCGGUGCGAAAUUCACUCUGAAGGGAGUUGUGCAGGAAGAUGCAAAGGGGAGUGUUUGAAUGUGUUGUACAGUGGAUGAGGCCUGAGCUCCUCCCACUGUCAUGUCUGAUCUAAUUUCAUAUGUUUUUUUGGCUAUGUUUUUUCUGUCCUAAAUUGAAUGCCCAGUAUUUCAAUGAUUGUCAUAAAAUGUUAAUCUGCUAGUGGUGAUGGGCCCAGCUUCACCCACAGGCCCAGCAGGGACUUUACGUUCCACAGGUCAGAGCUCUGGGACCUCACACAAUACAACCCAAUUGAUGGUUCAAUGGAAAGUGAAUCUUGGGUUGCCUCUAGAGCAGUGACCCGCGGGGCCGUCACGAAGUGGCCCACUGAACUCUCGCGCUCGCCUAGGUAAGUCCGUGGUCAAUCAAUAGUGUGCUGUUUUUUUUCUUGAUUGAACAUAUUUUAAUUUUAUGGCAUAAAUCAAGAAAUAUUGAAUCAAGAACAUUUAUUUGGUUGGCCGACCAAAAAGAUUAGCAACCAUUGCUCUAGAGUUUGCUAGAGUGACCAUCCAUCUUAUUAGCUACCUCUACUGGCAUAGUCUUGGACUGUACUGUGGUCAGAUCUUUAGACUAGAGUUUUGCCCCCACACCAAAAGUUCCCAGCCAUGUUCUGCCCUAUCUAGACACCAUGAGUCCUGUGGCUUCAUCCUCUUCCCUGCUGUCUACCUUCUUACUGAGUAAUCAGAUUAAAUUCAGAGCUCAGUAAUAAGAGGCUGUAUUACAACAUCAAAUUCUAGCAAUAGAAAGUAAACUGGCCAGGUGAUAUCUGGAUUAAAUUGCUUUUAUUGGUCUGCUGGUCUAGGUGUGGUUUUGCCCACAAAAUACACAUUCAAUCCACUUUACAGUAAAUCCUGUGAAGGGUUUUGAGAUGUAUUAAUGACCUGAAAAGACAGAAUAUCAAAUGCAACGUUUAUUAUUAUUAUUAAUCUGAUCAUUAAAUAAAGUUGGAGGAGCCAAUGACCACUUGGUCUUAAAUGAGGAAAUAAAAAGAUUUUAUAACUAAUGGAAUAAAUCCCAGCUCUCAGCCUGUAGAUGUAUCAGGAUUGUGAGAGAUUUUCUACUUUGAUGUGGGUUAUACCAUGUCUAGUGUUUGUUUCCUGUUUGCCUCUCCCCUCCCCCAAUUUUAAGCAUAAUGGAUAUAAAAACACAAACUGUACAAACAGGAAUGAUCAGGUGACACAUUAGGACAGACCACAGAUGGCAUCAGUCAGCAGCAGCCCAGAUCCCAGUUGUGUUGAUAGCUGACCACUACAAUCGACUGCAGUGCCCCCUGGGCUCAGAGGAGAAAAAUCAACCAGUUUCCUGCUCUAUCAUUAUCUGAUGUUUCCUAGUGGAAACCUGAUAUGUUGGAUGAGAAUGGUUGAAAUGAGCUGUGAUGCCCCUCCUCAGCCUGCAGAUAGAUGGCAUCUCAGCCUUUCAGGAGAGAGCAUUGGCAUAAAAAUAAGUCUCAUGACUUCUGAUGUACAGAAUUGGCCUUAGGGACACGCCUGGAUUAGACUCGGUGCAUAUUCCAGGCCAUCAAAGUACUGUAAUUUCACGUCUUAUCUCACGGAAUGCUGAUGUCCUUCCAUAUAGUCUCGCCCUCUUUGAAAAAAAUUCUUUAAACAUUUUUUUCCCAUGGCUUAUUAAUCCUCCAGGCAGUGACUUCUGAAUCUUGUAAACCAUAGGCCACAAGUCUUUCCCUGCUGUGUCUCUGUGGCAAAAGCAUGCAUUCUUAAGCCUGCAGUUGCCCUGUCUGUCUUUGUGCUAUUUCUCCCUUUCUCUCUCAAAAUCGAAUGCCAUCUGUAAAAGUCUUAUUCUGCAACUUGGACCUUAACCCCUCAGGAGGGAGGGUUUGGUUGAAAGUGGGUUCCUCUGGCAAGUGCUUGAAAUGGAGGUCAAGCCUUAUUUAAUUUCUGUUAUUGGUGUCCCUCACCUUGAUUAUCAGUUCCUUCCUAAUGAAGCUGGUCCUUUUUAUAAUGCUUAACAUUGUGAUAAAGUGAAAUACUUAAAGACCACUGUACAAUAUUGUGGGAAUGAGAAGCGAUUAUGUGCAUGUUAGAAUUACAUUGAAGAAACCAGACAAAGUUUGGUAACGAUUGGGCUAUGUUUUGUGUAAGGAAAAAAGGUUUGGGAGGAAUAAAUCACGUUAUCAGGACAUUGUGGAGGGGGAAGGCCACUAUCUGACGAGCUGUGUUGGUGCUUAACAUUACAGGAUGCCUGGCAUGACCUGGUUCCCUAUGGGUCAUCUUGGAAAUAAACAAGAAAAAUGCUGACAAGCACUUUCAAUAGUGCCAGGCAUUUGAGAGGGGAAGGGUAACAUCCCCUUAGAAUUGUGAACAGUAAUUCUGUUUGUGAACAUUUUGUUUGUUGUUUUUAACUUAACUAUUUGAGAAAUCUGGUUUCAAACUGUACAGGACAGAGCAGCACAGAAUAAAGAGAAUAUUUAUUGUGUAA